AUGUUGUACGAAUUAAUUGGCAUUGUCCGACCGGGCAACUUGUCGGAAGUCAGAGAAAUUGCAAACACCGUGGGAAGUCUGGUCCUCCGCAACGGCGGCGUCAUCCGCGGUCUCUCCAACUGGGGCGUCUUUGCCCUGCCCAAACCCCUCUCCGUCCACCAAAUGCAGCACACGCACGGCCAUUACUUUGUCAUGCGCUACGACUCCUCCUCUAGAACACAUAACGACGUCCGAAACUCCCUCCGACUCGAGCCUCGAAUGAUUCGCGCGGCACACGUCAAGCUCGGCGACGGCAAGCUGAACACACUUUCAAGAUUCGGAGCACCCGAGUGGUGGAGCACGUCGUAA